UUUUACCGGGUAGCUUUGUAGCGCGAGAAAUUCUUGCUAGCGUGCUGCCUGUUCAACCGGCGCGUCUUUCAUUAUAAACAACAGGAUAGUUUAACUCUGAGGCCAUUAAGGUAAAAGAAAACAGCAGCAUUUCCUAAGAAACAAACUCUUAGGGGACCAACUUGCUAACUAAACAUUUGAACCGAAGAGGAAUUUCCACCAAAAUGUCCGAAAGUGAAAACUGCGUUGAGCAGCGGGAAGAGGCAGCUGAAGUUGAAGAAGCCGUGGGAGCGGAGGAAAAGUCAGACUCUUCAGAUGCAGGAAAAGAAUCCUCAUCAGAGGGUGGUGCUGAUGGACAAGAUGCGUCCUCUUCCUCAUCGUCUAAGACUAAAGAUUCCACUCCAGGAUAUGAGGAGAAAGUGCAAACAGACCGAACCAACAGAUUUGAGUAUCUAUUGAAGCAAACGGAGCUGUUUGCACAUUUCAUCCAACCAGCUGCACAGAAGACCCCCACCUCCCCCCUGAAGAUGAAACCGGGCCGACCCCGGAUCAAGAAAGAUGAGAAGCAGAACCUGCUCUCUGUGGGAGACAACCGACAUCGUCGCACUGAGCAAGAGGAGGAUGAAGAGCUGCUCAACGAGAGCACGAAGACCACCAAUGUGUGCACUCGCUUCGAUGAGUCUCCCUCCUAUGUGAAAACGGGGAAAAUGAGGGAUUACCAAAUCCGUGGUCUAAACUGGCUCAUUUCUUUGUAUGAAAAUGGAAUCAACGGCAUCCUUGCAGACGAGAUGGGACUGGGAAAGACCCUCCAGACUAUCGCCCUGCUGGGUUACAUGAAGCACUACAGAAACAUCCCAGGUCCUCACAUGGUGCUGGUGCCUAAGUCCACGCUUUAUAACUGGAUGAACGAGUUCAAGCGAUGGGUGCCCUCUCUGCGCGCAGUCUGCCUGAUUGGAGACAGAGAGCAGCGGACGGCCCUGAUCAGAGACGUGCUGCUGCCAGGAGAGUGGGACGUCUGCGUCACGUCUUACGAAAUGCUCAUCAUUGAAAAGGCAGUGUUCAAGAAGUUCAACUGGAGGUACCUGGUCAUCGACGAAGCCCACAGGAUCAAGAACGAAAAGUCGAAGCUGUCAGAAAUCGUGCGUGAAUUUAAAACCACCAACCGGCUGCUGCUGACUGGGACGCCGCUUCAGAACAACCUCCACGAGCUCUGGGCUCUGCUCAACUUCUUGCUGCCGGACGUCUUCAACUCAUCAGAGGAUUUUGAUUCAUGGUUUGACACAAACAACUGCCUGGGUGACCAGAAGCUGGUGGAGCGUCUUCACACUGUUCUGCGUCCCUUCCUGCUUCGUCGUAUCAAAGCAGAUGUCGAGAAAACGUUGCUUCCCAAGAAAGAGAUCAAGAUCUACGUGGGUCUGAGCAAGAUGCAGCGCGAGUGGUACACAAAGAUUCUCAUGAAGGACAUCGAUAUCCUGAACUCUGCUGGCAAAAUGGACAAGAUGCGUCUGCUGAACGUUCUCAUGCAGCUCAGGAAAUGCUGCAACCACCCGUACCUGUUCGACGGGGCGGAGCCAGGCCCGCCCUACACUACCGACCUCCACCUGGUGGUGAACGGAGGGAAAAUGGUGGUUCUGGAUAAGCUGCUGCCCAAGAUGAAGGAACAGGGUUCCCGUGUUCUCAUCUUCAGCCAGAUGACCCGGAUGAUGGACAUCCUGGAGGACUACUGCAUGUGGAAGAACUACGAGUAUUGCCGUCUGGAUGGACAGACGCCUCAUGAAGAGAGACAGGUCUCUAUCAACGCGUACAACGAGCCAAACAGCAGCAAGUUCAUUUUCAUGUUGAGCACCAGGGCCGGCGGCCUGGGCAUCAACCUGGCCACAGCCGACGUCGUCAUCCUCUACGACUCGGACUGGAACCCCCAGGUGGACCUGCAGGCGAUGGAUCGAGCUCACAGGAUUGGUCAGCAGAAGCAAGUGCGUGUGUAUCGUUUCAUCACAGAGAACACGGUGGAAGAGAGGAUCGUGGAGCGGGCUGAAAUGAAGCUACGGCUAGACUCCAUCGUCAUCCAGCAGGGAAGGCUGGUGGAUCCGAGUGCAAACAAGUUGGGUAAGGACGAGAUGCUGUCGAUUAUCCGCCACGGCGCCACGCACGUGUUCGCCUCCAAGGAGAGCGAGAUCACAGACGACGACAUUGAUGCAAUCCUGGAGCGCGGUGAAAGAAAGACUAUGGAGAUGAAGGAGAAGCUGUCAUCUCUGGGCGAGAGCACCCUGAGGAACUUCACCAUGGACACGGAGAACACCAGCGUCUACACGUUUGAAGGAGAGGACUACAGAGAGAAGAAGAAGGUCAUCACCAACUGGAUCGAGCCUCCCAAAAGAGAGCGGAAAGCCAACUAUGCUGUGGAUGCGUACUUCAGAGAAGCUCUGCGGGUCAGUGAGCCCAAAGCACCAAAGGCUCCUCGUCCACCGAAGCAGCCAAACGUUCAAGACUUCCAGUUCUUCCCUCCACGUCUGUUUGAGCUUCUGGAGAAAGAGAUCCUGUUCUACAGGAAGACCAUAGGCUACAAGGUUCCCCGGAACCCAGACGUCCCCAACUCUGCCCAGGUCCAAAAAGAAGAGCAGGCCAAGAUCGAUGAGGCUGAAGCUCUCACCGAGGAGGAGCUGGAGGAGAAGGAGAAUCUGCUGCAGCAGGGAUUCACAAUUUGGAGCAAACGUGACUUCAACCAGUUCAUCAAAGCCAAUGAGAAGUGGGGAAGAGAUGAUAUUGAGAACAUUGCCAGAGAAGUUGAGGGAAAAACCCCUGAGGAAGUCAUGGAGUAUUCUGCCGUUUUCUGGGAGCGCUGCAACGAGCUGCAGGACAUCGAGAAGAUCAUGGCCCAGAUCGAGAGAGGAGAGGCUCGGAUCCAGAGAAGGAUCAGCAUCAAGAAGGCUCUGGACUCAAAGAUCGGCCGCUACAAGGCUCCCUUCCACCAGCUGAGGAUCUCCUACGGCACCAACAAGGGCAAGAACUACACGGAGGAGGAAGACCGCUUCCUCAUCUGUAUGCUGCAUAAGCUGGGGUUCGACAAGGAGAGCGUGUACGACGAGCUCCGCCAAUGCAUCCGUAACUCGCCCCAGUUCCGCUUCGACUGGUUCCUUAAAUCCAGGACGGCCAUGGAGCUGCAGAGGCGAUGCAACACUCUGAUCACGCUGAUAGAGAGAGAGAACAUGGAGCUGGAAGAGAGAGAGAAGGCCGAGAAGAAGAAGAGGGGACCAAAGAGCAGCUCGGCGCAGAAACGUAAAGCGGAGGGAAUCCCUGACGGCCGAGGACGCAGGAAAAAGCUAAAAUUGUGAUGCAGGUGUUGAAAUCCAGGGUUCUACUUUGACUGCGUCUGGCAGCGGCAUUAGUUCCAGUGUCUGUUUCACAGGCUGCAUACAGCCUCCCCCGACCAACUGGGUCGCUUUAGGUGUUCCUCUACAGGCCUGCCUGGUUGUCACUGAUCCGAACACUUCAGCUGUGCUGGGUUAGACUUUCUUCCUUAGUUUUUUUUUUUUUUUUAUAUUAGAAGUUAACUGAGAUAACUGUAUUUAUGCCUUUGUGGCUA